UUCAAGUAAUUUUUGUCAACUAAUAAUAAAAAACUAUGAAGUUUAAAAAAUUAAUUACACUUUUUAAAGUCUUAUUGGUUAAAAAACAUAGUAAAUAUAAAAUUACAAAAAAACUAUUUAUUUAUAACUAAACUUUAAUAUGUUUUAUUAAAAAGUACAAAAAUUCUAAAACAUAUAUUAUUUUGAAAGGGGCAUAGUAGUAUUUAACAAAUAUCUUAAUAUUUGAAUUAAGCAUAUUAUUAAUACAUUAUACAAUUGUAUGAUACAAUUUGUAUCGAGAAAUUAGAGAUAAAAAUAAAAUAUUACUGUCUAGAGAUUUAUGAGACUCGAAAGUUGAAAAAAUUAAUAUUUUACCAAAAAAAAUUAUUUUAUAAAAAGCAAUACAUUGUUUUAAAAUAAUAAAAAUAGUAUGAAAUAUUUUAAAAUGACCAUUAUAUUACACCAUCUAUAAAUCAUCCAUUGUAGAACAGAGUGUUUCUAUAUUUUUAUACCAAUAAAAAAAGGACUAAAAUCUGAAAUGGACCAAAAGGCCAAAAAAGAGUCUCACACAUCCAAAAAAAAUCUGUAUGGACCAAGUGAUUGUGAAAUUAUCAUUUUACCCUUAAUGAAUGAAUAAUAUGAACCAUUGGAUUCUAUAAUCUUUCUAUAAAUCAGAACCGUCGGAUUAAGAGAAGAAAAGAGGAAUGUUAUAUUUACAAAAGUACCAUUAAUGAAACUCCAACCAGAGCCAUUGAUCAUCUUUUCUAUGUUUUAAUCUUGGUCACACGCUUUCACAGAUCUCUCAUUCUCUAUCUUCUCCUCCUCUUUAAUCUGACGCAUAAAUAACUCAGAGCCACACGAUGUUCAUUAUUUUAUUCUCUCAUUCGACUAGGUACAACUAGUAUAACUCAUACAACUAUACAUGUUAAAAAUAAUAUAACUGGUACAACUGGUAUAUAAAUAUUAUAAUUCAUGUACAAUUUGCAGCUACUAUAAUUAACUCAACUAUUAAAUCAUUUUUUUACAUAUGAUGAUAAAAUUUCAUCUAUUUUUUCUGAGGCUCUUCAAUUAUUGUUAAAUUAUUAAAUUACACUAUCAAUUUUAUUUAAGAGACUUUAUACUUUUAAGGUUUGUUAAUUAGAUUGACCAUAUUAUUAUGAAAAAUAAACAUCAAAAAUAUAUUUACAAAGUUAUAAUGUGAAAAUAUUGGUACAACUCCUAAAACUAAACAUAUACAAAAUUUGGCAUAUUUUUUAUUAUAUAUUAAACAUGAAUUACUGGUACAAUUUUGACAUUUCAGAAAUUGACAAAAUCAAUUUGGUAUUUCCAUAUGAAAAAACAAUCAAAUGACCAAACUGGUAACUGUUUAGAUAGAUUCCUUAUUUUUAAUGAUUUUUUGUUUUUUUGUUUUGUUUUUAGCAAUUCUUACACCAUCAUAUAAGUUUACAUGAUCUAUCUUAUACUUUUAAGGUUUAUUAACUUGUUUGUCUACAUAAUUUAUGGAAAACAUACAUAAAAUGUAUUUAAACAGUUAUGAAAUGUAUUUACCAGACUAGUAAUACUGAUAUAACUAGUACAACUACUCAGGUUCUGAAAUUUAAAUAUUCCUUCGAGUAUGUCAUAUGAAAAAAAUCAAUAACAUGGCUAAAUUGUAAAGUAUUUAUAAAGGUUCCUUAUGAUAUUUCAUGGGGGCUUUUUUUUUUUUGCAAAUCUAACACAAUCACAUAAGUUUGCAUGAUCUACCUUAUACUUUUAAGGUUUGUUAACUUCUUUGUCCACAUAAUUUUUGGAAAACAUACAUGAAAUGUAUUUUAACAAAAUUUAUGAUUUCAUUUUAUUGGGGCACAGAUAUGUACACAUAAUGAAGUGGUACAACUGAGGAACCUGCGAAGGUGGAGCUGGGAUCAUUGUUCAUGGGUUUGACGAUCAACAACAUCAUUAGAAUGUUGGCCGGAAAGAGAUAUUACGGCGAUGGAACAGAGGACGACGAUGAGUCAAAACACGUUAGGGACUUGAUCGCCGAGGUGAUUGCUGCCGGCGGUGCGGGGAACGCUGCUGACUAUUUCCCGAUCCUUUGUUGGUUAACAGAUUAUGAGAAACGGGUCAAGAAGUUAGGCGGUCGGGUUGACGAGUUUUUGCAAAGUCUAGUGGAUGAGAAACGUGCAGAGAAAGUAAAGGGUAGCACCAUGAUCGAUCGCUUGCUUUCUCUCCAAGAAACUCAGCCUGAGUACUAUACCGAUGUCAUCAUCAAAGGAAUCAUAGAAGUUAUGAUACUUGCCGGGACUGAUACAUCAGCAGCAACGUUAGAAUGGGCGAUGUCGAACUUGUUGAACCAUCCAGAAGUAUUGAAAAAGGCAAAGACCGAAAUCGACGAGCAAAUCGGUUUAGACCGGUUAAUAGAGGAACAAGACAUUGUAAAACUUCCUUAUCUCCAGAGCAUAGUGGCAGAGACAUUACGACUUUAUCCUGUGGUUCCAAUGCUUCUCCCUCAUAUGGCGUCAAAAGAUUGCAUGGUAGCAGGCUAUGAUGUCCCACGUAAAACAAUCUUAUUGGUGAACGUAUGGGCCAUACAUAGAGACCCAAAGAUGUGGGAAGAGCCGGAGAAGUUCAAGCCAGAGAGGUUUGAGAAGGAAGGGGAGGAUAAGAAGUUAAUGUCAUUUGGGAUGGGACGACGAGCUUGUCCUGGAUUAGGGCUAGGUCAGCGGCUAGUAACGUUGGCUUUGGGUUCGUUGGUCCAGUGUUUCGAGUGGGAGAGAACCGGAGAAGAAUAUGUGGACAUGACAGAAGCUGCGAAAGGAAUCACAAUGCAUAAGUCUACGUCGUUGGAAGCUAUGUGUAGAACUCGCCCCAUUGUGGAUAAGAUUUUAGAUGCUUCUAAUUCUUGUCCAUAAACUCCAUCUUCAGAAUCUUGUUAUACUCGUCUCAUUGUCCGAAGGCUCGUACAUUCCGUGGGGCGAGACUCAACCUUACUAGACAUUUUUAUAAAGGUUUUCAAAAUGUUUGGUAGACGUCAAUCAAUGUUAGUAUAAAGACAAAUAUGUUGUGACACAUGCAGUGACGUCUAACACAUCACAUGAAAGUUCGCACG